AUGGUUGUUGACAAUGAUGUGAAGCUUCAGUCUUUCUUAUCAUUGUGUAUUGUUAAGCAGUUGUCUUUCUUGGAGCUUCGUUUAUUUGAACGUGUUCCUCUUCGUGUUUCUGAUUUUGUUCGUGAACCUACAAUGAACGAGUUGCGUUUAGCAUCAGAUCCUAGCACAGAUCAGUUGGUCAUUCCUUGUCAUCUUCCGAACAACAGUAAAAUUACUCGUAAACCUACAAUGACGGAGUUGCUUUUAGGUAAAGACAAUAGAUCAGAUCAGUCACUUAUUCCUUCCUCUCAAGAACUUGCUUCGUCUCAAGAUAUCCCCAUGUCUCAAGAACGUACAUUCAAUGGAAAGAUGUCAGUUAAAAAAUCUUGCAAGGCAGCUGAAUGGGAGUUUAUUAUAAAAGGUGUUGGUCAAGAUUUUUACGGAGGACGAGAUGAAGCUCGUCUUGUUGUUGAAAAAUGUAACCAUUUUUUUGGUCGCAAGGUCAGAGUGGUCAAGAUCAAUCCAGAACGGUAUAUUGUGGAGUGUUUUUACAAGGAGAAAUUGGAAUGCGACUGGAGGUUCCAUGCAGCUCCGAAGAUUUCCAAUGUGAAGGGUCAUUUAUUCCUCAAAAGAUAUAACGGGGAACAUACAUGUUGUGCUGGUUACAUUGACGGAACAAAGGAUGAUCCAGUUACACGCGAACUUUUCAAGAGCUUAAUAUUUGACCAGAUCAAACAAAAUACCAACAAGAAAUGCAGGGAUAUUGUUGAUGAUUUCAAAAGUGAUUAUGGGUUAACAUUGAGCUACGAUCAGGCGCAUGCCGGUAAAGAAUUAUGUUUCAAGGAAUUGUAUGGCGAGGACACUAAAUCAUACACUGACUUGGUUCGGUGGUGUAAAACCGUGAAGAAAAACGAUCCAGGAAGUCAGGAUGAUUUAGUUAUUGAAGGGGGCGAGUUUAAGAGAAUAUUUCCUGUGGUAUACGGUACCGUUUCAAGUGAAACUAUUGACAAUUGGCAUUGGUUCUUGGAGAAAUUAAAAUCUAUCUUGGGUCCUCGCGUACUAACUUUUAUUUCGGAUCGCCAUGAAGGUUUGAUCCAAGGGAUUCAUGAUGUUUUUCCAACUUUCCAUCAUGGUUUCUGUUACCAUCAUUUGAAGAACAAUAUCCGCAGUAAAACCAACAAGAAAAAGGGAGAGCAUGGUGCUGCAAUGGAUUUGUUCAAACAAUGUUUCUAUUCAUCAACAUAUGAAGGCUUUCGUGAAGGUAUGCAAAAGUUGAAAGAUAUGGGAUGUGAUGGUCUUCACAAAUUAUUGAGUGAACUUCCAGUGGAAUGUUGGUCCAAUGCACAUUGUGAAGGUUGUCGUUAUGGCGACAUGUGUUCAAACAUUACAGAGUCAUUCAACGCUUGGAUUAGGACUGCGAAAGGUAUGCCUAUUGCAACACUAGUUAACUGGAUUAGACUGAAGAUAAUAGAUCAAAUGAGUAAAAGAAAGUCGAAAGGGGAGACGUAUAAAGGAUUCAUUUGUCCCAGGAUAGAGAAAAAAGUGCAGGCUUCCAUUCGUGCUGGUGCUCAGUGGAUAAUAACCAAGUCUGGUGACAUGGAGUAG